UGGUAGUCAGCCUUACGUAAAUGACAGGUUCAUGCGUUCGUGUCCUCGAUAGCGCAACUUGUGGGUGUUUCGUAGCUUCUGUAGUGCGGCGUUUCGUUUACUUAUUUCGGGCGCUUUCCUCUAUUUUUCGUCAUUUGUGUGUUUAUUUUGCGGGGUUCGACGUCAAGAUCUUAUCGGCGAGCUAUGAGUUUGCUGUAAGCGCUAGCGUUUCUUUCUGUUGUGUUGGUCGCGUGUGGUCGAUACAGAGGAGCGACAAACGAACGACUUCGACGAUGGACAAACUCAAGCGAGCUCUGAGCGGAGAGGAACGCGGGGACGAGGAACAGGGCAUCGUUACGCAGAUUAUAGAUAAUUCUUCACUCAGCUGGUCAACGAGAGUAAAGGGCUUUGGAAUCUGCUUCGUCCUGGGCUUUGUAUUCUCACUUGUGGGUGCAAUAUGCAUGGCCUUCCCGGGAGGACUGAAGAUGUUUGCGGUCUUCUACACGUUCGGAAAUCUCACGGCCCUCUGCAGUACACUGUUCCUGAUGGGCCCAAUGAACCAGGUCAAGAAGAUGUUUGCUCCCACCAGAGCCAUUGCAACCUGCAUCAUGCUGGCAUUCCUGGUACUGACACUCAUGGCAGCUUUCUGGUGGAAGAACCCAGCCCUGACCAUCGUCUUCUGCGUCAUCCAGUUUGUCGCCAUGACCUGGUACUCUCUCUCUUACAUUCCAUUUGCAAGAGACGCUGUAAAGAAGUGCUUCCAGUCGUGCCUCAAUUGAGUGGGUGCUGAGCCAGGUGUUCAAGUUCUUAUUUAUAGACUGAGCUUGGAGAAAGGCAGGGCCUUUUCUCCGAGAUUCCCAAAAACUUGCCUGACCCCCCCCCCCCCCCCCCCCCCCCGCCCACCUACCCUUCCCCCAGCCGACCCGUUUUUCUCUGUAGUUCGGGGUGUGUUUCCUCCUUUGAACGUGUUCAGCCACCAGUGUCUACUCUUGAUCUUUGGAACAAUUCAAUGGUGUCUCGUCUUGUCACAUGGGUAAAUAUGCGUGUUCUCUUGGCGGUUCAAGCGCAUGUCCAUUUUUCUAGGGGGCCUCUUUGCAAUUGGGAGCGAAGUACCGAAACUUUUACCGACAGCCUCAAGGAGCAUGUCCAGUCCUUUUAAGUGAGUGGAGAGCUUUGCUGCGAUGCGUGUAGGGUCGGUGCUUAGCUCUUGUGUUGCGACAUCUUUGUCAUUGCGUGUUAUGGAUUUCUGCAAUAGACUCGUAGGUCAGGAUACAAGGAGGGAUUUUGUAUGUUCUAUGUUGAUCCUUGACCAACUGUGGCAAAGGAUCUGUAAAUUGUUAUCUAGUGAGUGUUACCUGUGCAAGCAAAAGAAAAAAAUUAUUUCUAGUUCCCUCUAAGGUUUUAUGUCGCAGUUUUGCUGUACAUGGUGCUUUUCUUUCUUUGUGUUUCAAGUUUCAUCAGUAAUGCCUCGCAAUUCAGGUUAAAAUUAAGAUUAAGAGUUUACCACUGUUUCGGAACAAGUUAGGAAAGCGAGUCACGAAUCAUGCAGAAGAUAAUCUGGGUGAGCUUUUCAUGUCUUUCAAGGAGCAAAAAAGAAAGUAGAGAUGACGACGUUUAAAGAUGUUGGAGCUGGACAACGGUGGACAGCUGCAUUUUCAAAUACACCUACAAGCUAUUUUGGUACGUGAAUGUUGUACACACCCGAUGUAAAUACUUUCCGAGUGGAGCCUUAGAACCGACGCCGUCUAUUUUUAAAAAACACCACGGCCGUUGCCGUGGCAUUUUGCUGUCGUUCUCGUCUGUGGAGCGUCUCCACUUUUCAGCCAUUGCCGUUUUCUCCCCCCCCUGCAUUGGACGAGAGGGUUUGUGCCGUUGUUGUGUUGGCGUUUUUCAGAGGACUUGUACACGACACUCGCGGGAGUGCUGUCUGUUUUGUACUUUGUAUGUCUGAAAACCAUUGCUGUGUUGGGUGGUUCUUGGUAUACAGAAAUAAAUGUUGCAAUAGGA